AUGUGCACACAAAGUGCUGAACUCUACCCAGCAAAUGCCAUCACCACGAAGACUGUUAAUCUCGUAAACGGUGAAAACUUCGAUCCCUCAUUCAUUGGCAUCAACCCAUCUGCCACCCUUCCUACUCUUACCGCGGACGGAAAGUCUUACCGGAACACUACAGAUGUGAUCUUAUACCUUGUCGCCAACGCGCCAACGCGCUCUCCACCCCAACCUCUCACAAAGCCAUCAUUGAACAGGUCCAUGAAGACCAAUACGAUCCCAACUUUGCACUGCUUCUCGUUCGCGAUGACGCCGAACGUGUCGCCAAAGCUGGCGCGUUGCCCAAGACCUUUGUCGAGAAUCAUAGGCCAAGCCACCCUUGUAAAGCACUCUCAAGAUUCUGCUAACUCCCGCUACGCAGCUUUCUACGCCGAAAAGCUUGCUGGGAAUGGGGCGCUCCUUGAUAUAUACACGGGCACGAACAAAAACCCCUCUGCAUUUUACGCCCAGUCUCAGGAGCAUUUUUCCAACCUUAAGUACUAUCUCUAUACCAUUCUACCCUCUGUCCUCCCUGCUGACGGCUUCAUCGCGGGAACAACUCCAGGCGAAGCCGAUUUCCAUCAUGUCGCUGCAUGGUUAACACGUAUCUCUGCUACGUCUGGAGCGACCAGCGCUGCUGAUGCUCUUGUGGCCUUGGAGAAGAUCUUCCGUGAGCCUGUUCCUGAAGUCGUGAGGAACUAUGCAAGGGUUUGGAUUGUGAGAGACAGUUGGAAGAGGGUGUAUGCUGCAGGACUACAUUAGAGAAGAAAUUUCCCUCAGUGCCAAUAUAAUACGGUUGUGAUCUGUCUAUCUGUCAUCUCUCUACGAAAUCAGUCCUUGUGUCCAAUGACAUUCGACUUGACAAGGAAUGUUCCUAUCGAUUUAUCAGGGUCUAUCUACUGUAACGCAUUCUCUUUGUCACGUACAGAUCCCCCUUCCUCACGUUCGUGCCUACGAGAUUAAAAGUCGCGCGUCUUUAAUUUAUAUAGCACACUGGGAAGAUGAACAUUUUUGGUACUACUGAUAAACAAAUUGCGAAUCUUACAUGGCGAGCUCGGGAGCCGUUGACCAGACGGAUCCGCCAUGCUGUGAAUGGGUUGAUUGAGGAAGAUAAGAAAUGCUGAGAGAUGCUGUAGAAUACUGACAUU